AUGGCUGGAAAACCGAAGGGGAAUAAGAGCAUCCUGUCGUACUUCCAGCCUUCCUCUCCGCCAUUGCCGUCGUCCCAGACCUCGGCGCUAUCAUUCAGAGAUACGUCUCCACCGGCGCCGUCAUCGCCGCUCAGCUACAAGGCUACACCUGUUGCAAAGAAGGUUGCUCCCCUGGAAAUCGGCGCAUCUGACGAAGAGGCUGGCGAUGAAGGAUUCUCGGAUGACUCUCUAGAAGAUCUAUCAGCUCUUCUGGGGCGAGAACGGCCCGGUCACACCCCUCCAGCAAACCAGGCUUCAUUUUCUACCCCAAAGGCCAAGAGGACAGCAAUAGGACCUUUUUUGUCUCCGUUUGCCAAUAAACCCAAACACAAAUUUGAUCUCAAAGCCCUAGCCAAGGAUGCACGUCGGGACAAUGCCCUAAAUGCAAGCUCUAUGAAAGCGAAAGCAUCUGCAGAUGCCGCGACUGAGCCCUCAUCACCACUACGGGGAGAGGCGUUUGACCUUGCUUUUACUGAUAUCGUCAAAGAAAAGAGCGGGCAAGAUGCUCACAAAGUUCUCAGGGCUGUCCAAAGAGCAGAGCCAAUACAGUCUCAGCCUCAAUACUGUUUCUUUACGAAAGACUACGGAGUCCUGCCGAGCUCGCCUGUUCCAAAAUUUCCUCGAGGUUCACCAUGGAACUUGUUAACUCAAGGCAAUCAAGCAGCCAGAGAACGAAAUCUUACGUCUGGCAUCCCACAAAACAUCUUGGCGAAGAAGGGAGGCUUGCCGGACUCUCUAUUCGAGUGGAUCUUGGAUGAGCUCUGUAUUCAGAGGUCUUCCCUUGUAAGACGCGAAUACUGUAUUAUCAUCGACAGUUGCCACGAUCAAGUGGAAAGGCUCCUGACUCCUGAGCGAUUGGAGGACCUCUUUCUUCGACUCGGUGCUACCGACGAGAUCAAAAUUCGAGAUUCUGAGAUACCCAUCUCGAAAUUGAAUCAAGAGCCAUAUCAGGAUCGCGACUGGUCAUGUCUGGAGUCAUUCUUGGUUCUUUUAUCUGAAGUCUCAGACCAUUUAUCAACGGAAUCUGUCAUCUAUACAACGCUUACUUUACUUCGGAUGUCUAUGGAUAAGCUUUUGAUCUACAACAUCGACCUAUUAGUAGCAUACGAAGAGGCAGUCGAACAGCUAACCAAUGCAAUUCCUCGCUCAUUAUGGGAUUCGUUUUGUGUUGACGCAUGCUCAACCUUGCACGCCACAGUCAAGAUUCAGCAUAUUAGAGCGAAUGCUUUGCAAUGCCUACCUAUUCACAAUAUCAGAACACAUGAAAUCCGGAGAAGACUUGCAAUUUCAUUCUUGUUUGACGACCCUAGUCUAGGUCGCCAGUCUCCUGAAAUAGUGUUUACUGUCAGAAACGUCAUUAAUCGCCUCGGCGAGGAAGAUUUCAAUAUCACUUCACAAACGGACUUUGCGGAGCUCAAAGCCAUGAUGACCAUUCUCGAUAUUGCGGUUGAUGAUGGAUCGCCGCCCGAAUCAAACAGUCCAGAAGAUAUCCAGCAGUUUAAUGAAGAUAUCGACGAGCUCGCCACAAAGCUCAGAGAGAUUUGGCGCAAGAUUAAUGAUUCAGGCAUGAAGAUUACGCGCACUGAAGCGAAAAGUGUUGUCGAAUGGGUCCAGCAACGCCUAUCUAAUACCGUUCGGACGCGCAAAAAGGCGAAGCAGAGUAUUUUUGAUAUUCCGGGCCAGGAGGACCUUGCGUCUCUGCCCAAGCAGCAGGAGUACAUGGCCAAGUUUUUCAAGAAGAUACCCAAGCCGCAAGCAGAAAGUGAUUAAAACAAAAAGAACAGCAUUUUUGUACCUAAUGUUAUAUGACAUUGCAUUGAGGGAUGUGAGAAACAUUUGGCGUUUAGAGAGGAUACAUUGGGCGGCCUGCGGGCCUGAGGAUUUGCUUCAAUGAAUAUUUGAUUAGAACGAAAAACUUAGCUUUGUAAUGACAUAUGAUACAACAUCUAAGCUAGAAAAAAGCACAGACUAAGUCGACAAAAUGCAUGCCUCGGAGUUUUCAACAUGCUGGCCCCUCUACUCUCUUCUACUCCCCACAUCCUUCCCUCUUUUCUCCAAUCAAAGGUAAUAAGAUAUAUGUUGCCAAGUGACUGCCGGAGUAAAUCUAAUCGUAGUAUUUGCGGUUGGGGUUCUUUCCAAAUAGGCUCUCUCGUACGGCCGGCGCCGCAGCGUGUUCUAGCAACUGCAAUCGGGCCUCUAGGGUGUUGUCAAUGUCAAUCUUUCCCUUUCCGCUGAGGAUGAUGAUACCGCCGGCACUGCAGUGAGUAUUA